UCAUGAGCCACUUCGCGAUCUACCUGCUUGCGCUGGCGGCGCUGCGCCCCGCGGCGUCUCUCGGCGUGGGGCUGCAAGACCUCGCGUCGCUGCCGAAAUACCGCGUCGACUUCCUCAACGACCUCCCGCUGUGCGAGAGCGACGCGGCCGCGAUCCGCGCCCACGGCCUGAGCCACGAAGACGAGUUUCUGGCACUCCACCCCGGCCGGCUGGAGCGGGACACGAUUGAAAGCGCCGCCGACUCGACCGACAUGCUCAAGACGAACGAGCUGACGCUCGCGCAGGCGGACCGCAUCCCCCUCGUCCCCAUGCUCUACGCGCACCCCACAUCCGACCACCCACACACAUACCUCUGCGCGCUGCCGAGCGCAAACACUACGCGCGCGCAGACGGUGCUCGACGACGCGCACGACGAGCCCGACCCCGACCCCGAGGCCAGCUGGGCCGCCCUGGCCCACCUCGACGGCCAGUGCCUCUACCUCCGCCUCCCGCAGUCGUGGUUCACUUACGCGUACUGCCACAACAAAGACAUCCGGCAGUUCCGGGAGAAGCCCGUGCCGCACCCGCACCCGGAGGGGUUCGUGCCGCAAGAAGACACGGGGUACGACGCGUACACGCUCGGCGUGGCGCGGCCGAAGGGCCAGCGCGAGCGCGAGCGCGGGCGCGAACGCGCGCCAGAGCAGACCGCAAGCUUCGGCCAGUCGCACGCGUCCCGAUACCUCGUGCAGCGGUGGACGGAGGGCACGCGCUGCGACCUCACGGGCAAGCCGCGCGAGAUCGAGGUCCAGGUCUACUGCUCGAUGACGGGCACCGACAUGAUCUACAUGGUCAACGAGGUCGCCAUCUGCCAGUACGUCAUGGUCAUCCAUUCGCCGCACCUAUGCUCGAUGCCGGGGUUCCGGCCGGCCGCAGGCGCAGACAUCACGCCGGCGCCGGUGCGCUGUCGCGAGGUCGUGUCCGACGAGGAGUUCGACGAAUGGGUCGAGCGCGACGACCGCCUGCGGAUUGGGGAAGAGGGGGAAGGGGAGGGGGAGGGUGAGGGAGAGGGAGAGGAGGAGGGGGAGGGGAGAGAGAAGGCCCCGAAGAAGGGCAUCAGCGAUGCGGAUCUCGCGGCGAUACUGCAGGCUGCGUUUGGGGGUGCGCCGAAGAAGGCGGGCGAGAAGCCGGCUGCGCCGUUGAGCCGCGGCAAGGAGGAGAAGGCGGCGGCCCGCGAGUCCGAGCCCGAGCUCUACGUCGUCGAGUGGGAGGACACGGACGGCGUGCGCGUGCCCGUCGACGUCGAGUCUGUUCCCCCUACGCAAGGAGAACCCAGGCGAGCGUUUCUCGAGCGGCUCCGCGCUCUGAUCGAGAAGGAGCUCGAUGAGGGCAAGGCGGGCAAGUCUGACAAGGCGGACAAGUCUGACAAGGCUGCCAACGCAGGCAACGCAGGCAAGGACUCUGCAUCUGGGGCAGAGGACGAGUCUGAGCGCGCGCAGGCGCCCGGCGCCGGGACAGAACGAGAGAAAGCAGCCGCGCACGCUCAGCGCGACGAGCUUUGAUCUCUGACAUUAUAGACAGCAGCUAGAUGCAUACACAGCAGACACGUGGCGGUUGACGC